AUGACAUACGCCAAGCUGGAAAAGUGUGCUUUUCACCAGGAGCGCAUGGAAUUCCUGGGAUACAUCAUCUCCCCUGCAGGUCUCCAGAUGGACCCCCGAAAGGUGCAGACGGUGCUGGAUUGGAGCCCCCCCCCCAAGGAUGUAAAGGGGGUACAACAGUUCAUUGGGUUUGCCAACUUCUACCGCCACUUCAUUCAGGGAUUUUCACAUGUGGUUGCUCCCAUUUGCGCCCUCGUCCGGAAGGAUGCCACGUUUCAGUGGACACAGGCAGCGCAAGAGGUGUUUGAGUUCCUGAAGGAGGCAUUUACCUCUGCCCCCAUCCUGGCCCAUCUGGACUCACAACUACCUUUCAUACUCGAGGUGGACGCCUCGGACCAGGCGAUUGGGGCCGUGGAUGUUAGGAUAUAG